AUGGGUGGUGCGAGCAGAGAAGGCGGCAAGGCCAAACCCUUGAAGGCAGCCAAGAAGGAGAAGAAGGACCUCGAUGAGGACGAUCUGGCCUUCAAGGAGAGACAGAGAGCCGAAGCCAAGGCGAAGAAGGAGUUGUUGGAAAAGGCGAAAGGCAAAGGCCCGCUGAACACUGGGCAGCAGGGUAUCAAGAAAUCGGGAAAGAAAUAA